AUGACGGACGCAGCCACCAACAUGCGGCUGAAGCUGCCGAUCACCUGCUUCAUCCUGCAGAUCAUCCUCAUCAUCCUCUUUGGGACGAUGGUGCAGUACAACACAGACACGGACGCAGCCGCAUGGCACAACCAGACGCUUCCUGACUACGAGAACGACUUCUACUACCGCUACGCAAGUUUCCAGGAUGUGCACGUGAUGAUCUUCAUCGGCUUCGGCUUCCUCAUGACCUUCUUGCAGAAAUAUGGCUUCAGCAGCGUGGGCUUCAACUUCCUGAUUGCGGCCUUCGCCCUGCAGUGGGCGACGCUCAUGCAGGGCUUCUUGCACGGCAUGCACCACGGCAAGAUCCACAUUGGAGUGGAGAGCAUGAUCAACGCUGAUUUCUGCACCGGCGCCGUGCUCAUCUCAUUCGGAGCCGUGUUGGGUAAAACCAGCCCGGUGCAGCUGCUGAUCAUGGCCAUGUUCGAGGUCACGCUGUUCGCCGUCAACGAGUACGUCGUGCUGACGGUUCUCGGGGCCAAAGACGCCGGAGGCUCCAUGACCAUCCACACGUUCGGGGCGUACUUCGGCCUGAUGGUGACCCGGGUCCUGUACCGGCCCAACCUGGACAAGAGCAAACACAGGAACAGCUCAGUCUACCACUCCGACCUGUUCGCCAUGAUCGGAACCCUGUACCUGUGGAUGUUCUGGCCCAGCUUCAACUCGGCCGUCACGGCUCACGGAGACGACCAGCACCGCACGGCCAUGAACACCUACUACUCCCUGGCAGCCUGCACGCUGUCCUCCUACGCCAUGUCGGCCCUCACGGCGCACGACGGCAAGCUGGACAUGGUCCACAUCCAAAACGCCGCCCUGGCUGGUGGAGUAGCAGCGGGAACAGCCGGUGAAAUGAUGCUGACGCCUUUCGGCUCCAUGAUCGUGGGCUUCCUGGCCGGUAUCAUCUCCGUCCUGGGCUUCAAGUACCUCUCACCCGUCCUGGAGGAUAAACUCAAGAUCCAAGACACCUGCGGCGUGCACAACCUGCACGGCAUGCCCGGCAUCCUGGGCGCCAUCGUGGGAGCCGUCACCGCUGCUUGUGCGACCAUGGAGAUUUAUGGAAAAGGCAUGGUGGACGUCUUCCCGGCUGUGGCCGAUGGAUCCUUCACCGCGUCGGUUCAGGGCGUUCGUCAGGCCAUCUCUCUCGCCGUCACCCUGGGCAUCGCCCUGCUGGGGGGGCUCAUUGUCGGUUUCAUUUUGAAGCUCCCUCUGUUCGGCACCCCCCCGGACUCCAUCUGCUUUGAGGACAGUAUCUACUGGGAGGUUCCUGGAGAGGAGCCGAGUCACGAGGAGCAGCUGACGGUGGUGAGGACCGAGGAGACCGAGAAGCUCAACAACUAG